AUGACCCUUGCCAUCGUUCUCGGAGUCUGCAUUCCGCUCGUCGCGGCCAUCUGCGUCUUUACGUACCUUCAUAUCAGAAAUAAGAAGAAGCAGCGAAUGGAGGACCUGAAUGAUCCCCACAAGUCGUUAGAUUUCGGAUUGGAGGGAGGUGCCCGUGCUAAAGGGUCACGCAAGAGUCUUAUUAGCAGGGAGAAGGACAGCCAACCACGAUUCAACCGCCAGCAGAUGUCGAUGGAUAUGAAUCUGUCUAGCCCGUACCUCCUGCCGCCCGAGGUUCACAACUCGCGCGAAUCCCUCAAUUCCCUGGCUAAAACGCUCCACACCAACGAAGACCCCUACAGGCCGGUCGGGCAGUUCAAUGGGAGCGAGGUUGGCUCGAUCCGUUCGUUCUCCAAGGGUCACGAGGGCGCCUCCAUCUACACUCGGUCAAGCAGCCGCGCAGAUGCCACGCAGAUGUCUCCCGGGGGCUAUGGUUCUCCUUCUCGACAAAAUUCCAUCCCUAUGUCACCUCUCAUGCCACCUGAGCCGACCCACAUGAAACCGGAUCAGCCGUCGCCAGACCCGACUCUCAUGCCACCAAGUGCCCCUCCCAUGGGACCUCUACCGCCUAUUGGAACCGCGUCUGCGGGAUCGCCCCGGGAUAUGAAUGAAGGUCUCGCCAUCGGAACCGCGAUCCAAGAGCCGCCCGCUGUUGCGCAAAAGUCUCCCGGCCUGCCUCCGCCAUCGCCUUUGCAGCCCAGCCCGGCCGAUUCGGGCGUGGCUGUGCAGUAUGAUAGUGUCGAUAACCCCUUUGAGAAACCGGUAGCCCAGGAAGUCCCGACUCCAACGGAACCCUCGACCGUGGGUCUUGGUCUCUCCUCUCACCCCCAGCCUCAGCGUGCAUCCAUCCGGUCUUCCACUUCAUCAUACGACAGCCGAACGACAAGCCCGCCACCGAACAGGGCCCAGCAUGCUUCUAUGUCGGCGCCGAUCAUCGAGGAACCGGAGCCUCUUGAUUACUAUGACUUCGACUUUGCCGACAUGCCAGAAAUGCCUCGGGGUCAGCGCUCGCCUUCGCCGGCGAACCCCAAUGGUCAACUUGAUGUGGAUGAGCCAAGAGGCCGGAACAUGCAGAGGACCUCCCAAAUGUUUGAGCAGCAGAGUGCGGCCCGCCAGAGCGGUCUGGGCGUCCCUAACCAGGAUAACCGCCGCCUCUCCGUUGGCUUCCGCCCACUGCCGCCUGAUGAGAUCAUGGAAUCCGAGGACCCCGAAUACAGGGCUAACCGCAUCCGCUCCUUCUACAAGGAGUACUUUGAAGACGUCUUGAGACCGGAAGACAGGCCGCCGAUGCCACCGAUGCCGCUGAUGACGCAACAACAGCGGCAGGCGCAGCAGCAGCAGCAGCAGCAGCAGCAGCAGCAGCAACAAGGGCAACAGCACCAUCAACACCAACAUCAUCAAAGUAACACGAGCUACUACGAGGAUUAUGACCCAAGCUAUGCCCAGGAUGCCCCGUAUUUUGAUCCUGCCAGCAACUCGUUCGUUAUGCCCUAUGCGCAGCCCGUGUCUCGCAGGGCAAUGACCCCUCCACCGUCGGGCCAGAGAUUCCCGGGCCCAAGGGGACCGCCGCGUGGGUCCCACGGUUCUCCGGCCGGUAUGAGGUUCCCACCGAACAUGCGGGGCCCUCCUCGACCGGGCUCGUCUGUGUCCAACCAGCUGGGCAACCCCUCGCGCCCAGGAUCAUCGGCGUCGGGUGCCUAUGGCCGGGUCCGUGCCGGGUCCGCCAUGUCGGGGAGCCGAUCCGGUAGCCGGUUUGGCGGUCCCCGCAAACCAAUGCCUCCCCCUGCCGACCUUCCCACGCUCCCCACCCCAUCCAAGCUUACGGACGACUCUUUCGGCAUCUUCAACGCCGCUGAUUUCGCACCGCCCGAGGGGUUUGCGGAGCGGGCUCGUGGCCGUUCUCAAAGUCCUUCCGGGGAGCGUCGCCCUUACAAGAUGCCCGUGCCUUCCCACUCGCCCUUAGUGGACACCGUUGAAGACCUCCCCGCGCUACCGAGCCCUUCUCUUCUGCAGAAAUCGAGCACCUUCACAGGCCUUGACUUUGCUCCGCCCCGCAAGUUCGCCGACGCGGACAACCAAAGCGAUGCCGGUUCGAUCCGCAGCAACCGCAGCGGACUCUCAGCCGCCCACGCCAACGCCAUCCGCGGCGGUGCGGGGCGCGUCAGUAGGCUCCCGGGUGAUCAAGUCUUCACUCAAGCGGCCCUGGGCAAGUCGCUCAAGCCGGCAUGGGGCAUGCGUGAUUAA